AGGCUUGUCCCCUGCCCGAGCAUCAGAUUACAGCAGCAGCCCUAUGCGAGGAGUGGCGCAAUCUCUGUGAGAUCCCAGUUAAUGCUCUCGCUCUGGGAUCGCUGGGAGAGCAAGGGCAGAAGAACAAGCACAUAGCCUAGCUUAAGCCGGAUCGCGAGUACUUUUUUUCUCUCCUCCUCCUCCGCACCUCCUGCCGGCUAAUGGAAGUUGCAGACAACCCCAUCAACAUCUGAGACCGAACCUGUGGUCAUCGCCCGCUCCCUGGGAAUACACUAUUUGCACCGGACACAUGGUGAGACAGAGAUGACCGCGGAGAAUAACUAUUUUUGAAAGCGUACUCUGUUGGAUAUUACCCAUAGGAAACCAAACAAGAUAAGGGUGAUUGACGUCUGCGUAGAAUGACCGUAUCCUACAUUGAUCAUGCACUUUCAUUCGUUUCAUGCGUAAAAUGAAUCUGGUGGAGUUGCGUGGAUGGCUGUUUGUCAGGACUGGCGAAAUGCAGCGACAGGUAAAGUAAAAGGAUUUAUUUUAGGCUAAUUGGACACGUUGUCUCCAAAAGGAAUUUGAGUUUGUAAAUCCGAGACCUGCAAUACCUGUUCCCGAAGCGCACCGUUUCCAGACUGACCAGCCGACACAGACAAUUGACAGAACUUGGCGAAAUGAACUCGUUUUGAAGCUACAGGUUCACUGGGAUUACGAAGCCUGCGUCCAACCCAAGACCGUGUAGUGUUUCGUCUCGUCUCCACAUCACGACGAGUUACACUUCAUAUACGGCAAAUCUACCGUUUUUGCAUUUCAGCCAAGGACAAGCUUUCCAAUACAAAGUCUGCAUGUAACUGGACAAAAGAUUAUGUAUCCGAUAUCGGUCGCACAUGCUCCCGAUUGAAAAGCCAUAGACUUCACCAGCCGAAACCGAUUAUCAAACAGACAUACAGCCGCUUUGAAAAACUGUACCGCGAUAUGAUGAGAAUGGCUGGACUCGGAUGUUGGAAAUAUUACCUUUGGAUUUGUAUUGUCAUAUGCAGAUUCGCGCUGCCAUUAGCCAAAUCCCUGGAAACAAUCAUUUGGAGCACACAAAAUCCCAAGUUCCAAAAUGCCAAGGGCCUGGUCAUCUACCCCGACAUCGGGGACAAGCUUGACAUCAUCUGCCCCAAGGCGGAAGAUGGACAGGCCUACGAGUUCUACAAGCUCUACCUGGUGAAGAAGGACCAGGCCGAGACUUGCAGCACGGUCCUGGACCCCAACGUGCUGGUGAACUGCAACAAGCCCGAGAAGGACAUCAAGUUCACCAUUAAGUUCCAGGAGUUCAGCCCCAACUACAUGGGCCUGGAGUUCAAGAGGAACUUCAACUACUACAUCACGUCCACCUCCAACGGCUCGCUGGAAGGUCUGGAGAACCGCGAGGGAGGAGUAUGCAAGACCCGUUCCAUGAAGGUCAUCAUGAAGGUCGGACAAGACCCUAAUGCCAUCCUGCCGGACCCAGUGAUGACGGAUCUCCCAGGGCUGGAGGCAGACGGUGGCUCCAUCCCGGCCAGCCGAGACGCAGACGCAGUUGCAGACGGCUCGCCAGACACAGGCAACACUGACUCGGUUAACCAGGACCGUAAGACCGGUGGCGGUGGCGGUGGUGGAGGCAGCAGCACUAGCAGUAGUAGCAGCGGCGGUGGAACCAGCGAGGGUUUCCUGGGCUCCAAGGUCGCCGUCUUCUCAGCCAUCGGCGCGGGCUGCGUCAUCUUCCUCGUCCUCAUCAUCUUCCUGGUGGUCCUUCUCAUCAAGGUGCGCAAGCGCGGGCGCAAGCCGUCUCAGCCGCGCCCCGCCCAGCUCACGCUCAGCACGCUCGCCAGCCCCAAGGGCUCGGCCGGCGUUGGGGGCGCCGGCUCCGAACCCAGCGACAUCAUCAUCCCGCUACGGACAGAGAACAACUACUGCCCGCACUACGAGAAGGUGAGCGGCGACUACGGACACCCCGUCUACAUCGUCCAGGAGAUGCCGCCGCAGAGCCCCGCCAACAUCUACUACAAGGUGUGAUGAAGAGUGUGUGUGUGUUUGGGUGGGGGUGGGGGGGGGGGAUCACGGGGGCGGCCAGGAAGGACAAAACUGGGGAUGCGAAGCGAUUCAGCCAGAGGAAGUGGCCCUGUAUGUGGAACCUUGAUGGACAUAAAGAAAAUACAGGGGGAGGAAGGAAGAAGAGGAGAGAGAGAGAGUGAAAACACGCUUGCCAUUUUGAAGUUUGCUCAAGGACCUCUGGUGAACCACACAUCUUUUUUUGCUGUUUCUUUGUUGUCGUUGUCGUUUUUUUUUUUUUUUUACAGCCUUGACCCUCCUUGACACUGCAAGGUUGAACUGAACAACAGAAGCGGGAAAGGGAAAGGGAAUUGAAUGAGAGAAGGAGACGGAGGGAGAGAUAGAUCUCUGAACUAUUAUUUGUUUUCUCUUUUUCCACCAAAAGUGUGGUGCUCAAGCCUCUUAGCCCUCGUCUUCUAGCUUCAUAACGUGUAAUGAUGGGGGGGGGGGGGGGGCAAGCAUUGUGAUGGGCAGGGGUGGGUGGUUGUUCUGGAGGGUAAGGAGGGCAGAGGGGGUUGUUACACCAUAAAGAGUCACCAGAGGUCCAUCAUAUGCCACUCAAAACCCCAGGAACAAAAGCAAACCACUUCCUGGGUUAGGCUUUAAAAAAAAAAAAAGAAAAAAAAAAAGAAAGAAAAGAAAACACACACACACAAGGAACACUAAAACAGCCUCAAGUCAGCGUACUGAACAGGAACAAGAAGACAGAAUAGAAGAGAAGAGAGACUGGCUUUUCUUUCCGUUCCCUUCCUCUUUUAAUCAAACAAAGCCGUGAAGUUGCAGGCUGCCCGUCAUAACACAGACCCUCUCUUUGCUCAGGUUACGGGGCACAGCUAGAUGACUGACUGUAGGCAUCUAUACCCUCCUCACGCUUGUGAUGUGAUUGCCUUACUGUUUCUCAAGGUCUCACUCUUUUUCCUCACAAAGUAUUAGUUUGAAGAAGAAAAAAAAAGACAAACAGUUGUAUUAGGUUAUUUUUUUGUAAGUAUGCGAUAUCUAAUUGUGAACAUUUCACUUCUUUCUCUUCAUUUUGUACCAUCAUCUCUCAUGUUGUUGUUCCUUGAAUGUUCUUCGGAUGUCUUUUUUUUUUUUUCGUGAUAAUUGUUCAAGGGGUUUCUCAUUAUAUUUGUGGACAUCUCAACAAACCCUCACACACACACACACACACACACACACACACAGAGACACAUGUGCCCUCACACGUAGACAAAACCAUACAGGUUUUUGGGGGUUUUGCAGGCUUGGCCAGACUCCCCCACCCCCUACACACACUAUGGUAUUUAUGAGUCAGAGACUUGCGUUUCACAAGGUGUUACUGAAUGCGAGCCCAGGCGUGCACGCGGUGGGAGAAAUGCGUUCGCUCCUGAAGCCCCUAUGGCUACAACCUCCUGUCCUUACGAGGAGAGAGGGAGCAUGAUGUGUAGCCAGAACUGAAGUUUCUGGCAGACUUAAUGGGCGCCAUUCAUUAAAAUUUCAGCACAGUAGGGCGGUUAUGACAGAUGACAUCGAAAAUUUGCAUUCGUUAAGGACACGUUGCACUCCAACCAAAACCUGAAACCAGGGUUAAAACAACUCCCCCUAGAAAGCCCUUCAGAAAAAGAAGACUUCGUAGCUUGCUCACAUUUAAUACCUGUGUGAAAUGUAAGAUUAUUUUUUAAAGAAUACUUUUUAAUAAAAAUUGUGUUGUAUUUAUAAUAGAUAAUAGUAGCCUACUAUUCUCCUUUUCUGCCGACGUGUGUUCAGUUCAGAGAGCGUUUUGGGGUAGUUAGACCCCUGGGAUAUACCCAGUAGCUCUGUGAGUGGAACUUUUUUUCUGGCAGACGAAAGAAGUGACACUUUUGACAGUUGCUCAGAUUUCUGUGUAAGCACUGUGGCGGCGAGGAAUUGUUGAGGAAAAUGUUGUUUGGCACGUCUCCGAGACACAAAAGACGUCAGAGGAAGAAAAAAAAAUUGAAUUACAGUAGUCUGACAUCUUAUCUUUUGAGUGUUAAUUGUGAAAAAAAAAUAGCACAUUUAUCUGUGACAGACAUGGCUUACAAGAACAACAAUCCUAUUCAAAGGCCUCAUUUUAUGAGCAAACUGCUUAUGACAGAGGGAAAAAACUCUUUUGAUUUAAUCAUUUUAAUUUCUUCAGCACUCAAGCGCUUGUGAUAAAAAUCACAUGCCUGUUGUUGGAAGUUUCUUUGCCAAUGCGUUUUUUUUUUUUUUUCCUUCCACUUUUCAUGUGCCCUAAAUAUGACCAUCUGGUUACUAGGUAACUAAGACCUUAUCCUUGUCAUCUGAAUUUCACAAACCACUUCAGCUCCUAAGCUCCGUGAUUUCAUAUUCUCAUGCACGGCUCAGGAGGAGAGCCCUCAGCGAGGUUGUGUUAGUUGUUUUUGGAGGAGGGGAACUGACAAUAAAUUAGCGGAGUGCUGUAUUCAAGGCCCUGACAGGGCUAGGCGAGAUGCCUCCUCUCUCCCAAGAGCGUAAGCCGAGUAAGAUAAGGACAGCUGGCUGCUCUCUCUUCUGAGGCAGAGUGCGAAAGUGAGUUUCCGUGCAUCCUUCACUUAAUCGGCGGCAGCAUGCUUGCGUGGCCUCUCUCUCCGAACGCCUGGGGAGAGCUCAGCGCUGAGGGUAGAACAGUUCUGCAGCAGAGGGGCAAACGGGUCAGGGAGAACUGGUCCCCGUAGAACCAUUGAAACACAUUGAGUCCAAAUCUAACACAGUGUUUUCUGUAUAUGUAUUUUGUUUCGUUUGUUUUGAAAGCAUUGACUCGUUGUGGAUUUGCAGUUGUGAUCUUUGUUAUUACAAUUACAAUCUGGCAAAAAACCUAAGGAGAAUGACACAUGUAUAUAUGUGGAUACGGUGAAAGUUUUUAAGAGCAUAAUUUCACUUGAGCCCUGUUUGUGAAACAAAUAUAAAGUCAAGAUUUUGUAUCGGCAAUUGUUUGUGUAAAUAGUUGUCUUUUUAAAUUACAUUUUGUAUAAAUUCUUGCAUUUUUGUUUAAUUUUGUUUUUGCUUUGUUUAUCAUUGUAGAUCAAAAAAGACAAAUACAGAAACACUUUCAGAGGUUGAUGCACAAUGACUUCGCAUGCAGAAAAUGACAAGUUUUUUGUAAAAGAUCACACUCUGUCCCUCCACAACACUGCAGUCCAAAUCUAUUGAGUCAUUUUCACUUUUUAUGACAAUAAAUUAAUAUCACAUCUCUGAAAAGAAAA